UGUCAGUUUGUCAUUUCAUUCCGCGAUGGAUUAAUAAAUUUUAAAAUAAAUACAGUUUUGUGGUUGUCCACUAACUCUCAGUGCUAUCUUGUUUAUAUACAUUUACACUCGUACAAAUUGUUCAAGAAAUAUUAAAUGUCUAUUUUAAUUUUGUCCUAAAGUAAGAGUAAUUUGUGAAAAUGGAAUCUGAUAUUAUCAAUUGGAGUAACAAAGAAGUUUUAGAUUUAUUACAUAAAGAGAAAAUAUCUUGUAUCAUAACAGACAUUUGUAAAUCUCACGAUAUUGACGGACAGUGUCUUCUUUCCUUUGUCGACCGAGAUUUCUAUGAUUUUCCGUUCGAUCAGUUAAAAUUGGGUGAACGUAAGAGAUUCAUAUUGCUCGUGAAGAAAUUACAAAAACACAAUCGUUCUGCGAUGUUCGAGCUCGGCCUUUGUGAUGAUGCGCUCAGUAAUCCAUCAACAAAUAUAAAUUUCCUUGGGACUAACUUGUCGCAUUUGAGUUAUAAUCUCCACAACAAACUGCCAAGUGAAAUAUAUGUAAGGAAUUCUGAAUGCAUGUCGAGUUUUACACCAGACGUGAAAGCUUCGAGAUUGAAACCUGAAAUUUGGAAGACUGCUAUAGCUCUAGGCUAUGUCUUCCUGGUGACAUGGGUGACUGCUGUGGUGAUGGUCAUUGUACAUGACAAGGUGCCAGAUAUGAAGAAGUAUCCUCCACUGCCAGAUCUGUUCUUAGACAAUGUGCCACACAUCCCCUGGGCUUUCGACAUGUGCGAGAUCACAGGAUCCUUCCUCAUGGCCAUUUGGCUAGUUGUACUCUUCUUCCAUAAACAUAGGUUCAUAAUACUGCGGAGGUUCUUCGCGCUGGCAGGCACAGUGUUCCUGCUGCGCUGCUUCACGAUGCUGAUCACGUCGCUGUCGGUGCCCGGGUCGCACCUGAAGUGCGAGCCGCGCUCGUACCCGCCCGCCGACGACCUCACGGUGUGGGGCCGCCGCCUGCGCCAGGCCUACGACAUCUGGAGCGGCGCCGGCAUGUCCGUGCGCGGAGUACGCACCUGCGGUGACUACAUGUUCUCAGGGCACACCGUCGCCCUGACGCUGCUCAACUUCUUCAUCACUGAAUACACGUCCCGCAACCUGUACCUGCUGCACAUCCUGACGUGGGUGAUGAACAUGUUCGGCAUCUUCUUCAUCCUGGCGGCGCACGAGCACUACUCCAUCGACGUGUUCAUCGCGUUCUACAUCACGUCGCGCCUCUUCCUCUACUAUCACACGCUCUCCAAUAAUCAGGCGCUCAUGCAGAAUGAUUCUUCCAGGACUAGAAUAUGGUUCCCACUGCUGUCAUUCUUCGAAUCCGAAGUGGACGGGAUAGUCCCGAACGAGUACGAGGGUCCGUUCGCGAUCCUGAACAAUAUACGGGAGUGGUCGGUGCAGCUGAUCACCGACGUCAAGGAGUCCUCCGUGGCCAAGAUCGCGGGUACCAAGUUGCAAGAGGGUGCCGCCAUGGGCGAGUACUCCGUCGUCAAGCUCGUGGACGGUAUCAAGCGCAACCUCAGCAUGGUCGAGGAGUACAAGACCUCCCGCCAAAGGCUCGUCACCCUGGACAAGAACAUCCAGGCCUGCAUGCUGGACGAGCGCCCCGAUGUCGAGCUGCGCCAUCGGAACAUCCCCGACUUCCCCGGGGAGGCUCUCCUCAAGGAUUUCAGUAAUCCGCCUUCUCCAGUUAUGAAAAAAAGUAUAUGAACGAACUACAAGUUCCAGUACUAGAGGCUGUUUAUAGACAAAUUUCAUUGUAGCUUUAUUUUUACAAUGAAAUAAAUUAGAUACCUGAAUGUUUACAUUUCCAUUAUAGAUUUUAUAUCAUGUUA